GUCUUGUCUGAGCAUCACUUCCUGUCUGAGCAUCACUUCCUGUCUGUGAGCGGGUCAUUUCCUGCGUGUUAUCAGACCCGCUGUGUUUGGAACAAACUUCCUGCUGGUUCUGGUCCAUCAGAGAACUUCCUGUUUAAAUCCAGACACUUUAGAGGUUCUGAUGUCUGUGUUUUGGUUCUGACAGAGCUGCAGAGGGAGGAGGAGGAGGAGGAGGAGGAGGAGCAGAGGAGCCUUCCUGAUGGUCCGUCUCCCAGCUGGUCCGGUCCUGAUCCGUCUCACCCGUACUAUGAUGUGGCCCGACACGGGAUCAUCCAGGUCUCAGGGGACGAUAACUACGGCAGGAAGCUGAUCGUCUUCAGCAGCUACUGUCUUCCUCCGUCCCACCAGCUGAACCACCGCCGCCUCCUGGAGUACCUGAAGUUCACUCUGGACCAGUACGUGGAGAUGGACUAUAUACUGGUUUACUUCCACCACGGUCUGAGGAGCGCCAACAAACCCUCACUGAAGUGGCUCCGGGAGGCUUACAGCGAGUUCGACAGGAAGUACAAGAAGAACCUGAAGACCCUGUACGUCGUUCAUCCAACAAACUUCAUCCGGAUCGUCUGGAACCUCUUCAAACCUCUGAUCAGCCACAAGUUUGGGAARAAGCUGAAGUACGUGAACUACCUGUCGGAGCUGCGAGAACACCUGAACUACGAUCAGCUCUUCAUCCCUGCAGACGUGCUCAGACACGACGAGAAGCUGCGAGCGGCUCAGAAGGGCAGAGCCCCUCCCCCUGUGAGGACUCCGCCCCCUCGCCCCCCCCUCCCCACACAGCAGUUUGGCGUCAGCCUGCAGUACAUCAGAGAGAGGAGCCGAGGGGCCGWCGUCCCACCUGUCAUGGAGCAGACUGUGGCGUACCUGAAGAGAAAAGGUCUGAGGACUGAGGGGAUCUUCAGGCGCUCCGUUCGGAUUCAGACCAUCAAGGAGGUCCAGAAACUUUAUAAUCAGGGGAAGCCCGUGGACUUCGAUCAGUACCAGGACGUCCACCUCCCUGCUGUGAUCCUGAAGACGUUCCUCAGAGAGCUGCCAGAACCUCUGCUCACCUUCAGGGUCUACACUCAGGUCCAGGAGCUGCUCGGUGUGGAGAGCAGCCUGAGGGUCUCCAGGUGCAGGCAGAUCGUGGAGAGUCUACCUGAACACAACCUCAUCGUGCUCAAGUUCCUGCUGGACUUCCUGAACAUGACAUAAUUAAAAGCAGUUUUUAAAUUGAAUUAAUUUAAAAUAUUUAUAUAAAAAAGAAACAAUUGAGUAAAAAUUGUUUUUGAUUUAAUUCUAAUCUUUGUUUCUAAUUCUUUAAAAACUUAAAAUACCAGCUGUGAAGCAGUACAAGCAUCCUCUGUACCAAAAUAAAAGCAAUAUUUUCAAAUUAAAAGUCUUAAAAACAAAGCGGACUCUUUUUGUUUUUGUUUAUUAAUGAUUCCAUAGUUUGUUUUUUUAAGAACUCGGUACAAAAAGUGGAACUACUCUUUACCCUCCGUYCAUCAGUCGGCUUUAAUGCAUCAGAAAAACAAAAACAAAACCUACGUUGGCAUAUUUAAGACAAACACUUUCCUAUAAACACACACACUAUCACCGCACCACUUCCUGUCUUUAAACACAAACAGGAAGUGGUUCUUCACCGCCUCCUGACCAAAAACAAGCGUUUUGUCCUCCGUAAAGAAUAUAAAAAUGUUUUUUUGUUCAAAUGUCGUGGCGUGUAGUAAAAUAGAUCUGUUUUAGCGCCGCACAGUUUCUCCCGGAGAAGUUUCUACGAACGAUGAAGAGGUUUGUUCUCGGAGGACGAAGAAAUAAAAAACAAACAAACA